GGAAAGAAAUCCCCAACUUUCGCCGGCGAAAUGCCUAGACGACGCCUGAGGCUCCGAUAUUCCUCCGACGAGGAAGAAGACGAAGAUGAAAUUGGAACAAGCGGAAUCGUUGAUUCUGCUCAGAGCGUUGGUCUUGCCCCUUCUGUGCAUUUGGAAACCUCAGCAGCGCCAACUUCUUACCCUAAUCCCGGCGAGCCAGUCACGGUAUCGGAAGUUGAGAUUAUCGACGAUUCUGGUAAUCCCACUUCUACUAGUAUUCCUACAUCGUAUCCGUUUUAUCCGGUGGAGUCAGAAGCCGAAAAUGUCUAUGACUCGCCGAUCGCUGAGGUUCUCUCUCGAAGGGGGAUUAAAUUGAAGGCGGAGUGGUGGGUCUCUUGUCUUGCUGGACUUGAAACUUCCGUUCCGCAAUUUUCUCGCCUCGAAGCAGCAGCAAAAGCGAAGCAUUGCUUCGAGCAGUUUCUGUUUUCCGACAUGAAUCUAUGCGGAGGUGGGGUUCUUCCUCGGAGUGUUGCGUCUAUGAAUCUUGUAGAACUCGCCGGUCCCUUUGUUCUGCAGGUUGAUGAGAUUGUUAACAUCGGGUGUCCACUCAAAGGAAGGUAUGAAAAUGCCAAUGCAGGACUUAAGAGGUGCCUUAAGCUGUCUAUGACAGAUGGUGUUCAACGUGUUUUCGGUAUGGAAUACAGACCUAUUAAAGAUCUUCAAGUCUUGGCUCCUGCUGGUUUAAAGAUCGUUGUAUCUAGUGUACAAGUUCGGCAUGGGCUUUUGAUGCUAGUACCUGAGAUUGUAGAAGUUUUAGGAGGGAUGGUUGAAGAAUUGGAAGAAGCACGAAAGCGUCUGGUUGUUGAAGUAAACAAACCUCCAAGAGGAAAAAGAACGAGGAGCGGGGUGGUUCCUGCAUUGGCAACCAGAGCAACUCUAGCUGCAUGGUCCCUGAAUGACAAUGCUACUGGUAAUCAAGUAAAUAUUUCUACCUCGGGAAAUGCUAGUCACGUUCAGGCCAAUGGUCAAGGCAUUUCCCUGAAUGUAACAAGAACUCAUAUCAGUCCGAGGAUGAUGAACGAACCUCCUGGUUCCAUCAAUGUGGAAGCUACUGUUUCGUGGGUUGCGCAUACGCAGAUUGAUACUGCUUCUGCGCAGGGGGAAAGACCGUUUUCUGAUUUACGCUCGACGUCUAGUAACAUUCGCAUGACAGGAUCCGCAGCUGGUACUAGCGGUAGCGGUAGAAGACCUUUCUACAACAACGGUGGCGAAUAUACCUUGGAUCAGCAAACAUCUAGCGUGACUUCAUUUGUUGAAGAAAUGCAUAUCGACAAUGGUCGUGCAAGGGAUGCGACGAGUCCUGUAUAUGGUUCAGGUUCAGGCGCUGUAGCAGAUGCAGAAGUAAGUGAUAUGGUUAUCGAUUUGGAAAUCCCUUCUGUGAUGUCUACAAAUACGGAGACGCCGUUCACGUACAUGGCCGAGUUGUCUCAAAAGUGGGCAGUAAUGAAAGAUACAAUGCAUUUUGUUCAAGGAAAGAUUAAGUGUUUUCUAACCGGAGUGAAGAAAUUCAAUUUCAAGCAAGAGCCUAAAUUUGAGCUUAUAUGCCACGUCGAUGAUGGUAGUCUCAUCUGUGAGAUCUUGCUCCAUAAUGACGUUGUACAAAAACGGUUAGGUCAUUCAUCCAUGGAGGUCACAGCUGCUCUUUCCUCUUCAGCAUCAACAACAGUAAAUGCGAUGAUGAAGGAGAAACUAAAACGCUUCCAGUUGUUUCUAGCUGACUUCGAGGGAAUGAUGGUGGUAGAAAUGAACAGAUCAUCGCAAUAUCCAGUAGCUAUUGAAAUGAAUCAGGGAUGUUCAUUAAACGAUGCUCGUUUACUCUUUGAAAGAAUCAAAUCUUCUACAACAGCAUCGUCACGCAUAGCUCCAGUUGUUGUUUUAUCCCCUUGACCGUGAAGCAGUGAGGGGAUUUUAGGGACUUCAUCUUUAUCUUCUUACUCCUUCCUGGUUCAACCAAACCGGGUAAUUUUAGUUUUGGUAACUAACUAACCCGGGUCUUAUAAUUUAUUAGUAUGAAGUACAGUAUUUUCAGUUCUUUUAGUUUUAGAUAGUAACUUUUCAAAUUAACAAGUAGAUAGGUAUUUAUUUUUGAGGAUAUCACAAAGGUUAUAUGAAUUUUCAAUUUAUACAUGUUUUUAGCGGCAUCUUGUUAUGAGUCUAUUAGCAGUCGGUAAUCUUGAACCAGGUGAAUCCUCGAAAAUUUUGCUAUUAAAUUUAGUUCUUAAAUUCUUGAAUCCUUGUAAAGAUUGAAAGAGCUUUAUACUUUUUGAUUUGUUUAAAGAUUAAAAGGUCUCUGAAUUUUUUUUUAACGUGUAAAGAGC